AUGGUAAACUGUGUUUUUAACGGAUGUCAUACUAAUCGAGCAAAUAAAUCUGGAAAGUACGAUAAUAUUUCAAUCUUCAAGAUCACCGCGCGUUCUGGUAAAUUUUAUUUAGACUGGAAAAGAGAUAUCCUCAACAUAAUCACAAAGUAUCGGCAGGUGGAUGCUCAUUUUUCCCAACAAAUCGAGAGAGGACAAAUAUAUGUUUGUGAAAAUCAUUAUGAGCCUGAAGACAUUGAAAUAACAGAACAAGGAAGGAAAGUACUACGUCCAGGAGCCCUACCAAAAAGGAAUUUACCAAUAAAGAGUCAUCCUUCUAGAGAGAUUGUUGCCCGGAGACACAUAGAUAUUGUAAAAGAAAGAAUAACUGAAGAUUCUCAAUGUGCUUAUAAGGACUUCACAAGCUUGCAGAAUGCACUUCAAAGAAUCAAUUUGGAAGGAUGGUCUGUUACAUAUGGUGAAAAUUUGAUUCAAAUUAAUUUCAAUGAUCAAACUAAUGCCUUGCCAAAGUACUGCUUGAUCAUUGAGAACAAUUUGAGAUUUACAAUUGCAGUUUUCAAUUGGAAAUUACCAGAAGGCAGUCAUAGAUAUCAAGAUGCACAAAGAUCAUUGAAGUAUUUGAAGUUGUCAAAACUUCUUUCAAAGAUAUCAGGUGCUGUGAUAUGCACUGGUGUGACAAAUGCAGAUGCAAAGACAAGUGCUUCUCUCCAUGUAGUUCCAUCAAUCUUAGAUGUAACUAAUGAUAUUCCUUUUCAGUAUACCCAGUACUACAGGGCACCUACUUGCUAUGUCCUCCUGGAACCAGGCACAAGUGAAAGCUGCAAUGAUUGCAAGAAAUUUGAAGGAAGGGCCAUACAAGCUUACAAGGUAAAGACAUCACUGCAAGAGACAGCUGUAAAGAGUAGAGCACCUUUAACAGCAACAAGUCAUUCAAGACUAAAGGCCACAGUGUUUAGUGAAAGAAUGAAAUGUGGUCUUUUGGAGGAAAAAUUGAGAGAGAUGGAUAAAGAAAUUCAGUCAUCAUCAGUUCAGCUAGAUGAUGAGUUGACCACCGAUAUCAAUAAGAUAAUGUCAGAAAAUCUUGAGAGUGCCUCACCCUAUAUGACAUUAUUUUGGCAGGAACAAGUCAAGUAUUUUAAGCAAGGGUUUAGACGGUUUCAUCCAAUGAUUAUUCGAUUUUGUCUAUCAGUUGCUGCAAAAUCAGGUUCCGCUUAUGAUGAGCUGAGAAAUUCAGGGAUUCUCUGUCUACCAAGUCGAAGAACUUUAAGAGACUAUCGUAAUGCUAUUCGACCUCAGGUUGGAUUCAAUUCAGGUGUCAUCAAUGAACUUAGGGAGGCUGUUGAAAGCUUUAAAGGUCACCAGAAAUUUGUUUGUGUUUCAUUUGAUGAAAUGAAGAUAUCGGAAGGCUUGGUAUUUGAUAAAUAUACAGGUGAACUAAUUGGCUUCACAGACUUAGGAGAUGGUGAAAUAAAUGAAGCAUGCCUCCAGAAAGAGAAGACCCUUGCAACGCAUGCACUUUUAUUUUUUGUCAGAGGAAUUUCAUCUGACCUGAAGUUCCCAUUAGCCUAUUUUGCAACAGAUGGUAUCACAAGUAGCCAAGUUCUUCCUCUGUUUUGGAGAUGCAUUGCCAUUUUAGAGUUAAACGUCAAAUUAUGUGUCAUUGCCACAAUAUGUGAUGGAGCAACACCCAAUCGUAAGUUCUUCAAGUUACACAAAGGCCUUGAUUACUGCACAGAUAGUGAAGUGGUUUAUCGUACUAUAAACGUUUUUGACCACAGAAGAUUCAUCUUUUUCUUCAGUGAUCCAUGCCACUUGGUCAAAACACCUCGAAACUGCUUGUUUAACUCUGGUUCAGGUCAAAGUAGUCGCUACAUGUGGAACAAUGGCAAAUACCUAAUCUGGAGGCAUAUCACUGGUGCAUUUCAAGCUGACCUAGAUGGAGGCCUGAAGCUUCUACCAAGGCUAACCACUGAUCACAUCAAAUUGAACAGUUAUUGA